AAUUGCAAAAUGAAGACUUUAACGAUUGCACUAUGCGCGAUUCUCUUCGUCGCUGUUAGCGGCAGACCAAAUGGCAUGGGCUGGAGACGUUACUUUGGAGGCUGGGAGAAACAUGGUGACCACCAUGAGUGGAAUGAUCACGUGGGUCUUAGAAAUAGCAACUUUGAUGAUUGGCAUAGAGGCGAAGAGUGGAUGCAUCAUCGUAGGCAGAUACAGAAAUCAGAAGAGAAUACAGAAAAGCCUGCAGAAACAACUCCUGAGGACACCACCGAACAACCUGAAGUUUCAUCCACGUCAGCCCCUGAAGAGUCCACAACAGCUGCACCAGAGGAGACAACUGAAGUGCCGGAGUCCACAACAGCUGCACCGGAGGAGACAACGGAAGUGCCGGAAUCUACAACAGCUGCGCCAGAGGAGACAACCGAUCAACCGGAGGGGAGUACAACUGGUGCCCCUGAAGAGCCGAUCACAACACCCAAGGAUGAAGACCUUGAAGCAUCAACAACUGAUGCAACUGAGGAAACCGAUACUACAGCAAAGGAAGAGGAGACAACCAUCGCGCCCGAUGACUCUACAACUGUUACGGCUGACGAUGAUUCAACCACAGAUGCUGCGGAUGAAACAACUGCAGCGCCAGAGGAGCCCAAUACCGAAGAACCCAACACCGAUGUGCCCAUUGAGACAACAGUUGAACCAGAGGAGGGCAGCGGCUCGGAAGAUUAGAUCACAGUCCUUAACUGUCUAAAGUAUUUCGAUAUUAAAAUAAUUAAGCUCAUUGCAAAUCCCCGCUGAGGAUCUUUACUAUUUAUUGUAAGUUAGCAAUUGCUAAGCAAUUGUGUAAUCUAAGUAUUAAAUAUACGUUAUAAUUUAUA